AUGUCUAUCUUUAAUGUUUUUUGGGUUAUAAACAUUAUAAGCCUCCAAGUUUUUUUAGCCAAUUCCUAUUGUACAAAAAGUCUUGUACCAGCUUUGUAUGUUUUUGGUGAUUCAACCGUAGAUGCUGGAAAUAACAAUAAUUUAAAUACAAAUGCUAAGGUUAAUACAUUCCCUUAUGGCAUAGAUUUCAAUAAUGUUUCUACAGGAAGGUUUAGCAAUGGCAAAACCUUUGCGGACAUUAUUGCAAUUAAGUUGGGAUUACCAAUGCCACCUCCAUACUUGGGUGUCUCAACAACUGAGAGAUAUCAAAUAGCCUCAGGUAUCAACUAUGCAUCAGGAUCAUGUGGCAUCUUGAAUUCAACAAGAAAUGGAGAAUGCUUGUCAUUGGACCAACAAAUUGAAUAUUUUACCUCAACUGUGGUGAAUGAUCUUCCAAGAAAUUUUCGAAGCAAAACAAAAUUGAGGCAUUAUUUAUCAAAAUCUAUAUUCCUUUUAUCAAUCGGAGCAAAUGAUUAUAUGCUCAAUUAUUUGAAACAAGAAAUUAUAACCAACAAAUCGGGAAAUCCUGAAGAAUUUGCAGAUUACCUUCUCGACCAAUUGAGUUCAAGUAUAAAGAAAAUUUAUGAACUGGGUGGACGAAAAUUUGUUGUCAUUGGCGUUGGUCCAAUUGGGUGUAUUCCAGGUUUUAUUAUAAGAAAACCAAAUUUUCAAGAUUGCAAUGAAGAUGUGAAUCAAAAGGUUAAACCCUUCACAAAUAAACUCCCAAUGAAGAUUCAAGUGUUAAAAUCUCAACUCUCAGGUUCACUAUUCACUAUUAUGGACACUUUCGAAUUUUUCAAGGAAAUAAGAAAUUCCCCUGAAAAAUUUGGAUUCACUAAUACUUGGGACUCAUGUGUUGGAGAAGGAGGAAAACCUUGUGAAAAUCGUAGGCAAUACUAUUUUUAUGAUUCUGCCCACAGCACUGAAGCCACAAGUGAAAUAUAUGCAAAUAAGUGUUUUAGUGGAACACAUUUGUGCUUUCCUCUCAAUAUUGAGCAAUUAGCUCAUACACAUUAG